AAAAACUUUACCAAGUGCUUUCACUUCUUUGCUAAAAUUACCAGACUUACAAGGAAACAACAAGUAAAGUCGUGUAUUGAGCUCUCCACAUAAAUACAAAUCGCAAAUGUACGCGUGUCCGUUAAAAUUUGCAGGAAAACUUCUCUAACUGAACUACAAUCAUUGAUAUCCUUGAAGGAUAAUAAAUUAUUUCUCAAGCUGAGAAUAUUGGAAAAUGCUGGAUCGUUGCGAAAUGCCGAUUCAAAUAGACAACGAUAAAUUGCGGCGCGUUAGCGCCGUUGUCGACCGCGACAAUCGCCUCUCGAAUUCACGCCUUGAUCUGCCUACAGUAUGCAAUGGGGGCGUAGGUGGUGGUGGUGGUGGUGGCAAUGUUGUUAGUGGCGGCGGUGGCGGCAAUGGUACAACACGCGGCUCAUCACGUUCCAGCCGUUGUCUUGAUGUGCAUAAUAAUCUUUUGAAUAGCAAUCAUAGCCAUACACAUCAUAAUGGACAUCAUCAGCGCAGUCCGACUAGCCACAGUAACAGUAAUAUAAAGAGUAGCAGCAACAUCAAUAUAAAGGGUAGCAGCAACAGCAACAACAAUAGUGGCAGCACUAAUUCAAAUAAUAAACAACAACAGACAACAACUACAAAUAAUAGUAAUAGCAACAACAAUAACGCUGGUCACAAUAAUUCAAAUAACAGCAGCAACAACAAUAAUAUUGGUUCACCAGUAUCAUCGACAACGAUCUCAUCGCAUGGCAACAGCUCGACCAGCGGCGGUGAGCGCGGCUCAUCGACCAAAUCGAAUAGCAGCAGUGGCAGUGGCGGUAGUGACAAUAUGAAAUGCAUAACACCGAUGACGCCGUCAGAGCUCGUCAAGAAGUACCGUAAUUAUUUGACUGAUGUGGAGUUCGAAGAACUGAAAGUUUAUAAAGAGAUUUGGUAUUUCGGACAGAAUGCCAGUAAAAAUUUUAAUAAACCAGCAAUAACGAAUGGAACUGUCAAUUUAGGAUUCGAUGAUGAGAAUGGAAAUUAUAAAAUUAUCGAACACGAUCACAUUGCCUUCCGCUAUGAAAUACUCGAAGUGAUCGGCAAGGGUAGUUUUGGGCAAGUUAUACGCGCGAUGGAUCAUAAAACAAAUACUUAUGUGGCCAUUAAAAUUAUACGUAAUAAGAGGCGUUUCCUCAAUCAGGCUGUGGUGGAACUGAAUAUAUUAGAUGAAUUGCGCGAAAAGGAUGCAGAUGGAUCUCAUAAUGUUAUACAUAUGUUGGAUUAUACAUAUUUCCGUAAACAUUUAUGCAUUACAUUCGAGUUGCUGAGUCUCAAUCUGUAUGAAUUGAUCAAGAAGAAUAAUUAUAAUGGUUUCAGCAUGAGUUUGAUUAGACGUUUUUGUAAUUCGAUUGUAAAAUGCUUGCGUCUACUUUAUAAGGAGAAUAUCAUACACUGUGAUCUCAAACCGGAAAAUAUUCUACUCAAACAACGUGGCAGUAGUUCAAUAAAAGUCAUCGAUUUUGGCAGCUCAUGUUAUAUGAGUCGUAAAAUUUACACAUACAUACAAUCGCGAUUUUAUCGCUCACCGGAAGUGAUACUUGGACUGCAAUAUGGCACAGCUAUAGAUAUGUGGAGUUUAGGUUGCAUACUCGCUGAACUCUACACCGGCUUCCCACUCUUCCCAGGUGAGAAUGAAGUUGAACAGCUGGCCUGCAUCAUGGAAGUGCUUGGUUUGCCACCAAAAGAACUUAUCUCUAAUGCCACCCGACGCCGUUUGUUCUUCGAUUCACGUGGCGUACCACGUUGCACUACCAACUCCAAGGGCCGCAAACGCCUACCUGGCGGCAAAUCACUAUCACAAAUGCUCUUCUGCCAAGAUCGUUAUUUCAUCAAUUUCCUACAACGUUGUCUCGAAUGGGAUCCAGCGGAGCGUAUGACACCGGACGAGGCCGCACAUCAUGAAUUCCUGCAACUCUCCUCAUCUACUCGUCAUCGCAGUUGCCGCAUGACCAACUCAUCAUCGACUGGUGGUCUCAAUAAUGGCUCAUCACAAAAAUCAUCCUGCUACAGUUUCACUGAAGUCUCGCCACCAACAAAUGGCAACAGUAAUGGAAACACUACUAACAACAACGGUGGUGGUGGUGGUGGUGGUAAUAGCGGCAAUGGCGCUGUGGUCGCCUCGAUUACCAGCACUACAGCAGUUAGCAAUGCAGCCAUUACAACGACAACCAGCAAAGCGACCAGCACAACACAAUCGCGCAGUAAUGGCCUAACACAGCAUGCGCAUCAUGCCAGCUCAUCUGGACAUCUGCCAGACAUUAAGCUCAGCGCUAGUGACAAGUACAGUAGCAUGCAAAAAGUCGCUGUACGUUCGAAGAUCACUUCAUCUGUCUCCGAUUUGGAUGCUGUGCCACAAUAUGCCUUGCAACGUAGUAUUUACGGCACAAAUGGGCUGACGCAUAGCGGCACGGCAGCGCGUAAGCAUCUCAUUACAAGUGGCACCAUAGCCACUUCUUCCAGUAAAUAUGGUCUGGGCUUGGGCGGAAGUUCUGGUACCGGCGGCACUGGUGGACAUCUCAUGCAUCAGAGCACAACUUUGGGCAAUGUGUCUGCACACCAUGGCAGUAAUGGGCUGAAUGGUAACAGUAAUGGCAAUGGCGCCAAUAAUAACAGUAACAGCAGCAACAAUAUGUCACACUCACAGUCGACGGGCGAUGUGUCCGCAAUCUUCGGACGUGCUUGACUUCGCGCGCGACCCACAAAACUUGAGCUCAAAAAAUGCAAACUAGUCAAUAUGGUGGAUUUUUGGAGCUAGAAGUGGAAGUAGGCGGCGCAAACGAAGCGCACCGUGUGUGAGAAUAAAUUUAAUUAAGAAGAAAAUUAUAAAUUAAAUUAAUUUAGGUAAAUCAUACUUUGAUUAUGUCAAAACAAUGCGCAUGCCUUUGUGUUCGCCGUCGCUCACAGUAUGUGGCAUCAUGCAAUACACGGCAUAUGUGGCAUAAUAAAUA